AUGAAACCCGUUGAUCCCGACUUAUGUCAGUUGUUAAAGUUAUUGAGUAAAGGUCUGAGUAUUGUUGACAGACAGGAUGGAUUUUCCGAGUAUUUACGUGAUCAAGAAAAAAUGCAUCUACCAGCCUCAUCUACAUCACACAGAGAAAUCAUGGAGAUGGCUAGUUCACUGAAUGUCUUUUUGGCUAAGCUGACUUUAACUGCUGACACUGUUGAACAAAUGAAAAACGAGACAUUGAUUCACAACCAUGAUCUCAAUACUCAACCCUCUGAAGAUAUUAAUUUUGAUGGAUAAGAAUCUGAAGGCAUCUGUAAAGCGCCAUGUUCCGGAGGUGUGUGUUUGAAUCUAAAAGUGAUUGAAUUUCUGUAAUUGUGUACAUAAAUAACAGCGAGGAAAUUACACAAUGGAAAAUGAAAAAUUCGAUUUACA